GAGAAGAAAGGUAGAGGUAGGUCGCUACGAACUGCCGGUACUACCCGAUUCCAACGGGCGCGUACAAACGUAUCAUGCUGGGUAGGGCCGGUGCCGAGAUGCCGGCUUGUAAACGAAACCAGUUUGCUAUCCGAUACGAUCCAGGCAAGAGCGGCCUCGCGCGAUAUAUCCACGAGCGAAGAUCGCUGGUACCAACGAGGAUCCGCACUCUCGGUGAGAGAGGCACCAGGAUGUGGGGAUAGAAAAUCACCUGACAUCGAGGACAGAAGAGAACGCAAGUCCUCGAGAAGAUCCCAGCUAGAAGUAGGCAUUCCUUCGUAAAUCAAAAAGCAUCUGAGAACAGGAACGACACAUCAUUGCUCCUCUAUCGGCUGAGACUUCUCGUUUAGUUAUCGUAUCUCGUAAGAUCGUUGAAGAAUAUCUGAAUUCUUUACAAGGGUGUCUUCGAAAUUAUUGCCUGGAUCGUGCUCGCGUUUCGAUGAGGGAAGAAAAAAGAGGAAGAAGAAGAGAAAGAAGUCGAUAGGAGACAUUGCGUAUAUGUACGUUGGUUUUUCUUCAUUGUGUAAGAUAAGUGUAAUUUAGUGGACUGUCCAGUGACUAACGAAAUCGGUAGAAUUUAAUGAACGAUAUUAAUGAACGAGAGAAAUGAUCUUCGUGAUCGAGCCUUAGUGAAAUUUUGUUUUCCAUCUUGUUCGAGAAAGGAAGGAAAGAUAUGAGUCAUCUGACAUGAGAGGCACGAGAAGAAAGUACAAAUCGGAACGGCGGGAAUCCUGAGACAAUGACGAAGGCGGUAACAACAUCGAUGCUCUGAAAAGCAACAAGAAAAAUCAAAAGAACAAAAGUUAGCAAGAAGAAACGAACAAAUUAAAAGGCACAUUCUCAGACAAUCUUUCGUUGAUAUAAUCGGUUCGUGAAACUUUCGGGCUCGAGAUGUCGGCAGUAGCACCAGCUGGAACCGGUGCUACGGCGCCAACAACAAACGGCCCGAUUGUUCCCGCUCCGGUUUUUGCCUUACCGACGUUGUCCUUCACCGUCGGCCAGGUUGCAACGGUUUGCGAAACAUUGGAAGAGAGUGGGGACAUCGAAAGAUUGGCUAGGUUCCUUUGGAGUCUUCCCGUUGCACAUCCUAACAUCCAAGAAUUGAAUCAGAGCGAGGCAGUGCUCAGAGCUCGUGCGAUAGUUGCCUUUCAUUCGGGACAUUACAGAGAACUCUAUAAUAUCUUAGAGAGACAUAAAUUCACCAAGGAUUCUCACGGCAAAUUGCAAGCUAUGUGGCUCGAGGCACAUUAUCAGGAAGCUGAAAAACUUCGUGGUAGACCUCUCGGCCCUGUCGAUAAAUACAGAGUACGAAAGAAAUUUCCAUUGCCAAGAACGAUUUGGGACGGCGAACAAAAAACUCAUUGCUUCAAAGAAAGAACUAGAUCAUUGUUAAGAGAAUGGUACCUUCAGGAUCCUUAUCCCAAUCCUGGAAAGAAGAGAGAACUUGCUGCUGCCACUGGUCUAACACCGACGCAGGUUGGUAAUUGGUUCAAAAACCGAAGGCAGAGGGAUCGUGCUGCUGCAGCAAAGAACAGAAUGCAGCAACAAUCGGGCCCAGGAAACGGAAACGCUAGGCGUGCAUUGAGUCCAGGACCAGGUGGUAGCGACUCCGAGGAUUCUGAUAUUUCUCUUGGAGGAACAUCGCCACCAUCGCCGAGUUCCUCUCCUCCUCCUACUCAUCAACCAUCUCCUGUACCAUUGGGUCCUCUCGGUCCACUUCCACCACCCUCCCUAAACUUCCGUUUUGAUCCGACUCAGUCACAAUUCCGAUUUGGUCACGCGACGGCCUUCAAAUUCCCGCCAGCUGGUUUCCGGUUUGGUCCGCAUAGUCCACAGCAUAAUCACCCGAACAUCGCAGGUGGAGGGAUUUUUAGGUUGGCCGAAAGUAGCCCCUUUCAAGCUGUAGGACCUAGAGGUGACCUUGGCUCCAGACUACCAGAUCCACUUGGGCUACCACCGCCAAGGCUACACCCUCACGAUGGAUUGCUACAUCAUCCACACCCACAACAUCCUUUACCCGAGGGAAUAUCUAGGAUAUCCGAGGGCUCCCGGCUAUCCGAUGGACUCUCAGAGGCUCACAGUCCGCCACUGAUGGCGACGAAUCUGUCGGUGACGGGUCCUUUGAGAGUGGCCGUGCCUAGUCCACACACGCCAUCCUCCAGAGGUAGUCCAUCCUCGAAUCAGCAGACUCCUCAGGGGCAGGCUCAAGGUCAAGGCUUGAUAAGGGUCGCUACACCGCCGCCUAAUCCAAAACCGCCGCAAAUUCACAGGCCGUUUUCGCCGGCGUGAUACGACAGGACGAGCGAGAACGA